AUGGCUACCCAUUCUCGUCGUGCCUACAGGGCAACAGCCUUUGACGAACGUCAUCCCUUCUCUCCUGCAACGUCUGCAGCUAGCCGCGAGACGCUUACCGAGAGUGAUAUUGGCUAUACCGAGUCACUGACUGAGAGCAUUAACCACGCCAUCGAGACUGGCGAUUGGACUGGCGUCGCCGCCUCGGCCGAAUACACAUCGCCAUCACGCGCACGCGCAGUCUCGGAUCCUACUGUUGGCUCAGAGCAUCUUCAGCCCAUGAGAAACUUGGCCGGUGCUGCUUUCGCUAGACCUCUUCGCGACUCAUCACAACUCCCAACUCCAGCUUCAUCACGAAGCGACUCUUCGGAGUUUCAGUUCCCGACACGUGACUACUAUCAACCUUUCGGAGCGACCAACCAACCUCGCGAACCUUCUGUAUCCUCCAAGCAGUCAUCGAGGCCCGCAUCAUCUAACACAAAUUCGACAACCGGCUCCAGGCCAAAGCGAGUUGUCAACAUCACCACAGCGAGCCUCUCCAGCUCACGCCCAGUAUCACGAGAUGCACAGAGCACUUCAUCACGCGAUGUCGCCUCAAGGCCUGCUUCACGAGAUGCCCACAGCUCUACCGUCCGCGACGCCUCAUCGAGGCCUGUUUCACGAGAUGCUCACGGCACUACAGCUCGCGAAACCACUUCAAGGAGGCCUACUUACCGCGAUGCACCCAGCUCUACCGCCCGCGACGCCUCAUCAAGGCCCGCUUCGCGCGAUUCCACCAACUAUUCACAACAUGCCACCGCAAGGCCCAGUUCACGAGAUGCUAUCAACUCCUCCUCGCGCGAUGCCAAUUAUAGGCCGCAUUCGAGAGAUACUACUAGCUCCUCAUCCUCACGUAAUACAAACUCGAGGCCGAAUUCACGAGAUGAACCCAGCUCCGCAUCGCAGGAUGCCGCAUCAAGGCCGAAUUCACGAGACCAUUCGGAUCCUACAUCCCGAAGCACCUCAGGAUCACUAUCUACUCCUCCUAGUUCUCUUGGGUUCGGCGCUGGUCGAGCCGAAAACACGGCCCAGAUGAAUCAUAUCCAAAACCUUAUGCUAGGUGGACUUCAGCUUAACGAAGAGAAAGCAAAAGAUAUUCGCGAGAUUCGACCGGCUCGGACUACACCCCUAUAUCUAGAUAAGAAACUUCCAAAGGAAGAGAGGCAGAUCAUGGAUCUAUUGGAGCAGCUGCGCAACGAAGUUCAUAUGCUCAAAGACCAUAACAACAUGCUCCGCGAACAGAACAACCUGCUAGAGCAAGGAAAUAUGCGGCUGCAGGCAACAAACGAUACUAAGGAUAAUUUGGUUGCCGAUCUCAAACAACAGAAUCUCGCGUUACGCGAGCGCAACAGCUUGUUGCAGAAAGAAAACAUGGAGCUACAGGCACACGCCGACAGAGCUAAUGACCGCGUGGCCGAGCUUACCGCCGAGAACAAGAAUCUGGUGACCGAUUGUGACAACGCCAACGACCGCGCCGAUACCCUAGCCGACCAGGUCAAGAGACUUCAAGUUGCGCUCGGGGAGACCACUACGCAGCUACAGUCAAUGUACGAAUCGCACCAGAAAGAUGCAGGACUCAGAGUCGAGAUCGAGCAACUACGCAAGCAGGUGACCAUGGAGAAAGAAGUUCGCAUUUUCACCGAGAAGAGUCAGAAGCAGGAUGCAGGGCUCAGAGCGGAGGUGGAGCAGCUACGCAAACAGUUGGCGGAAGAGAAAGAAGCUCAUGUGGUCACCGACAAGACCCACGAGUUUAUAAUUCGAGAUUACGAGCGCCUUCAGAAAGAUCACAACGAGGUGUUUGUCCAUUUCAGGGCCUUUAAGGAAGAUCACGUCCGAGUCGAACAGGAAAACGAGAAGUUGCGCCGCGAGAUCAAGGAUCUCCAGGAAGAAGUCCUCAAGCUGAAGAGCGAGCCGAGACAAGAGGAAAAGAAACGGGCAAGGAAGACUCAGGUCACUUACACCCGUUGGUAUGAUGAUAAGACUGGCAUGACCGGUACGGUUGCAUGA